GUUGUUAAAAAUACCUACAUAUGUAGGUACCUACCCUACAUUCUAAGAUUUAAAUAAAUUGAUCAAUAUUCUCUAUUUUGUUUUGAGAAAUAUUAAACGAAAGAAAAGUUAAUCUUAUUGUUGCUAUCUUCGUUAUGGAACUGCUCAAGUGAACAAGAUAAUUUCCUUAUUUUAUCCGGUGUUGAACUUGGAUCUACCAAACUCAAAGAUGGGCGAUGGUCAAAAUGGUUUCGAUGACUAUGAAAUGCUGAAAGCACUUUAUGAUUUUGAGGCAACUUUGGCAAAAACCUUGAGUUUUUGUGAAGGAGAAUUUUUCUUUCUUCAACAAAAUAAUACUAAGCAAAGGAAUUGGUGGCAUGUUGUCAAUAGGAAGGGUCAAGUUGGGUUUGUCCCCUCCAAUUAUGUUGCUUCAGUCAAGGCUGAACCAGAUUUCUUUUUGGCAUUCCUCAAUGAUUGCAUCAAGAAUUUAAAUGAUAGCAAUGCUGUAUCAACGCAAAAACAAGAAUUAUUAACCAGAUUAGUUGAAAAGAGGAAGCUUAUUCAGAUGUCUACGAAGCCCCAAAGUAAGAAGCCACAGGCGCCCAAACCACCUCCGCGGCUGGAUGAUACCACACCUCCCAAUGGAGUGUCUCCGUCAUUCGACUUGAGGCCUGUUGUGUCACAGCAGCAAAUGUCUGAGGAACGGGAAUCUUCACAAUCACCACCCAAAUCUCAGAACAAUAGCAUUUCUAAAGACGAAGGGCCAAAGAAGAAACCAGUAGCAAAAACAUCUUCAAACCAACUAUCCUCUGAUACAGACAACCAGGACGAUAGUCAAGACAGCAGUGAAAGCAUCAAGCCAAAUGCAAUCUAUGAGAUAGUACAGGCUGUGCGCAAGGAGACACAACUUAGCCAUGAAAUGUCUAAAGUAGCUGUAGAGACUGUCUUAAUAUCAUUAAGGGAAUUCCUCCCUGGUGGAGCAGCAAGGUCGAUCAUAGACGCUCUUCUCCGAGAAGCGAACAGCAACAUCACAUGUCCCAAGAACGCUAUAGACGCGGCGCCUGACGCCCUUCGGAUGAUGACGGCUUUGAAUUCGCUGUCCAAAGCGGCCAAUGAUGCACAACAGAGGGGCUGGGCGUUGCAUGACGAUGCGCAUGAUAUACAAACACAGUUGCUUGAACUUAUUUCAGUGAUGUCAAACGCUGAUGUGAACAUAUCGCAACAUGUGCUAAGCAGCCACAAAUACGCUUACGUGAGCACACUCGUGCAGUAUUAUCAGAUGGAAACUCGAUGGCCGCUGAGACAACUUUUGUUGCAGGCAUUCGGCGUGAUGUGUGGCCUGGAGCGUACAGCGCUGGCUACAUUGGCGUUGUCAGCGCUUCCGGCGGAAAUAGCCAGAGACAUGCGUGAUAACCCUCGUGCGGUCAGCCGUUUGUCCCACUCCGCGCUUCUGCUGUCUAUGGUGUUGUCUAUGGGCGACAAGUUGCCGAUCACCCACUUUGAACAACUAGGCGUGGAGUUUGCCCAGUUCCUGCUAGAACUGAUCGAAGAUCCGCCGGAAACGGAUGUGGACGAGCAGAUUCCGGACCUGUUCCUCACAUUACUACUAGCUUACAACCUUCAGUUCGAAACAAUGGCUGAUAACAUACUGCUCAAUGCACUGGAGACCAGAGACAAUGCUAAGACCUUUUGCGAGAAGAUACUUCUACUUCUGAAUAGAGAAGAGGACCCGGUGCACAUCUUCGACCACGAGCCUGCGCCGGCGCACGCGGUGCUAAAGUUGGUCAUAGACCUGUUCAGCCGCACCAAGACCGCCGAUUACUUCUACACAAAUGAUGUCAACGUGGCCAUAGACAUUAUCGUGAGGCAGCUGGCCGACUUGUCUCCUGGCGAUUCGCGCCGCCUCCAAUACCUGAAGAUCCUGCAAGGCAUCAUCAGGAAUACGGACUACGGUGCUCACCUGCACCGGCGGCAGGACCUGCUGCGGUGUUUCGCGAGGAUCUUCUGCGAGGAGGGGGAAGUCAGCCGCGACGACCAAACUUUGGUGCGCUCCAUCUCCAACGAAUUCCCGCAGUACUUCAAGGCCUAAGAGAAAGAAACCAUAAACUUUUACUACAGAACGUUUCUUUACUACGUCACGGCAGAUGCCUUAGGCGACUUGAGUAAAGUCUGACACCAGUGUUAGCAAUAACACUCGAACGAAGAAGACAGAACGAUUCAAAUGCAACUCAGUUGUUAGGAACGCAUUAGUAUUAAAAAUAUUUAUGUUAUUUGAUGAUACGAAUUUGCGAUGCAGAUUACUGUAUGUUCCAAAGUAAAUCGCAUUUAGAGAUGAUGGUUGUUCUCUUCAAGUUCAGGUCGUCCACUUCUCAUCAGGUUUGCCUGUUUUGUGAGAGAGACGACGGCAUAUGACGGCAUGUGUUUUACAGAUAGCUGUUGUUACAUCUGCUUUGCAAACUGAGCUCUUGUAAAAAAUGAGAAUCUUGUUAGUUUCACUAAUAUCUAUUUUAGGGCAAAUAUCAUAUGUAUUGGCUGCUAUUUUCUCGUCGAAUCACAAAAAUGCACUUUGUUUCAUCAGAAUAGGGAUGAAAGAAUUUUGACUGCUGCCAUGUCGCAACGUAUAUGUUCCUAAGAACAAAAAACACCUGUGUGCGUUUUGAGUAGUCAAAGUGUACCGUGUCGAGUUUCGUCAUUAAAUUACAUUUAAGGUCAAACUUUGGGCGCAUAUUAUUGGCGUCAUAUUGGAUAAUUUAUUUAAGUUAUCUCUAUAUUUAUGGGCUGAAUGUACAAUCAGUGUUUCAAUUUGGCUGUGUUUCACCGACAUUGCAUCGCGUAUUAUGUUCGGUAUUGUGUAUGCGAAUGUGUGUUCGUAAGAUCUCGGGAUAUGUCAUUGAUAUCAUAGGAUAUACACGUAAAUUUAGAAAGAAAUAUCUGUUCAGAAUGUUUGUUUAUAUGUAUACUGUAUCAUCUAAAUUAAAAAAUCAUCCAUACGCUUCUUAUAUUGUUAGUGCACAAUCUCAUGGAAUGCAUUUAUUAAUGGUUUUUUCAAGUAUAAAACGCACCACGAGAGUUGGGACAUGUUAUGUCUAUGGUUGGCCUGCGCUGAUGAUAUUUAUAGGACAAAUUUUGCUGUUGCACAGGCAAACGUCACGUCAGGUCCCAGCUCUCGUGGCGCGCAUUAUAAUGUGUUAUAAUUAUUAAUUAAGAUAAUUGGCGACUACAUUUUCUAAUUGAUAUUAAUAUACAUGGGAUUCAUCUUACUAUAUUAACGGCGGCAUUUUGAUAAUGUCGGCUACGCCAAAUAUAUUGCUAUAUUAUUAAUAACAUAAUAUUUAGUUACUAUUCCUAUAAGCUGUCAAUUACAUAUGCUUUAAAGAUUUAAACAGUGUUCAUUCAUACAACUGUACAGGUUGACCACAGAUAGAAGGUCCGCUGGUAUAUUCGAUCCAGAAUAGAGCAUCCUACUCCGAAUCGAAUCGAAUUAUAAAAUCAAUCAAUUACUACUGUAUUAGGUUUUAAAUAAAAAAGCAUGGCUUGUGCUAUCUCGCUCGUAAUUCUAGAUGAAUAUGAAUACGAUAAUCAUGUGGCUUUGUAUUUCUUGUGAAAUAAAGUUAUAUCAAACAAACAAAUGAUAAAGGAAUACCCAUUUCCACACCAAGAUAUAAUGGACUGGUUUGGCACGUUAUGAUUAGCUGAAAAGUUUCAGUGGUAUAUUUUUGACAUACGAAGGCGGUAGUCCUCUACUUAUUCAUAAAUACAGUAACAACCACAUAAAAUAUGAAUAUAUAAAACAUCAUAUUCGUAACAUAUUCGGCCUAAAAAUAUUUUUGUUCUGUUUGAAAUUAUUUCUAAACUUCUUUAGUAUUAUUACUACAAAUUUGUAGGGUCUUUUUUUUCUAGUUAUAUCCAAGACCAAAAUUUAAUUGCAUAUCCUUUUUACUAUUGAUUGAAGAAUUUGGUACUUCAAAUUUGGAUGCCACUAGGUUCUCAUUCAACACUUAUAUUGCAAGUGAUUUAUUUGAAUAUAUCUUUGAGCCUAAAUUAUUAUGAUAAUCUUGUCACAAAUAUUAUGUACUUACUAAUAAUACACAGAGUUAAUAUUUUUGCAAGUCGACUUACUAAUCUCACAAAAUGUAUGUUAGUCAAAUUUAGUCAUUAAUACGUAAGUAGAUUACGAUUUUAUUGUAUAUCUUUAAAUUCCUAUUUAACACAAAAAGUAAAUUUAUGUAAAUGGACGUUCACUCAUUAUAUUUUUCAUACACUCAACUAUUUAAAAUUAUUAACCAUAUUAUUAGUCUUGUAAUUAGAUAAAAUAAUUAUUCAUAAAUGUUUUGAAAUUAUUACUGAGAGUCAUACAAACAAAUAAUUUGUAAAUUAUAUGAUUAUACCCCAUUAUUUUUUGUUGAUUUGUUAAUUUUUGUGCUGUUGUAAUGUACUUAUUCGAAUUUAGUUUGUUUUCAUUAUGCAUAUGUUUAAGAGCGUAGUGCGUAAGCUGUUGAUCCAACUCAAUACUCUAAAUUUCUCAUUAAUUGUUCUCAAAUUGUUUAAUUUAAUGACCAAAGUUUCAGGGUGUUUUUAGAUUAGGGAAGAAUAUUUAUUAGUUAUCGAUAAGCGAAUCAAAUCGUAAUUUAAAUCUACUUCAUCUCAUUGAAACGAAUUCGUUUCUAUUCAAGCUUUAUUACUUAUCAGUUAAUAAGAUACUAAAAAUAGAAAUAUAUUGGUGUUACUCAAAAAUAGUUACAUUUUAUUAGAAAAAUAGAUUUUAAAAAAGCAAUUUUAUUAUUACAUACCAUAUUUCAAUGCAGCUAAAGAUCAUUUGAUUAUACCUCAGAGAAAUCUUCGUUAUUCAGAAGUUAUCUAUCGAUGACAUUAGAAUAUUUACACCUUGUUGAGUCUCUCCAGAAAUUCAGAGACCUUAUUAAUAAGUACUUUAAAACACGUUUCUGAUGUUUAUUUUUAACGGUGCUCAAAAUUGUCGCCAAAUAUUCGUAGUGUGACUUUGAUUAUUAUGCUGUUAAGAAUUAUAUAAUUAUUACCACAUAAGAUCACAGAUCACUUCUUCUCUAAUAUUUCUUUAUCUUAUAAGCAGUGAAUAAAACAACGGGUUUUGGAACUGAAUAUUAAGUCUAAACAAAAAAAAACUCAGAAAUAAAUCCAUCAAGAUUGAUCCCACCGAGCAAAAAGCCCAUAUUGUGUAAAAAAUCAUCAUCAACUAUGCUAUGUCUUGCUUUGUAUGUAUUGUUAGCAUUUCUGCGCAAGGUUUUAUGUCUUAAAAACUACAUCUAGAUUGAAAUUGUCGAAAUAUACAUAUUUAAAUAAAAUUUUAUGUCGCCAUUA